AUGGUUCGUAUUACGGAGUGCGAUGCGGGUGACUCGGCAGCAUCCGACCGCGUGAUCGAUCAGUAUGGCCGUUGGGUAUCCGACGGUGACGAGGAUGAUGAGGAGGAGGAGGAGGAGGAGGAGGAGGAGGAGGAGGAGGAGGAGGAGGAGGAGGAGGAGGAGGAGGAGGAGGAGGAGGAGGAGGAGGAGGAGGAGGAGGAGGAGGAGGAGGAGGAGAUGGAGGAGGAGGCGAGGCGGAUCGCGAGGCGAGAGUUCAUGGAAGCCGCGGCGGCAGGCGCAGCGAGGGCGGCGGCGGGAGCGGCGGCGGGAGGUCGAUUGCUUGGGAGCGGGUUGUUGGGAGAGAAACACGAGGAGGACGAAGAGGGAGAGAAGGGAGAGGAGGAUGAUGAAGAAGACGAGGAGGAGGAGGAGGAUGAGGAGGGCUGGAAUGACGUAGGAGGCAACGAGGAUUGGAUCGGCGGAAGGGGCGGCGGCGCAAGAGGGGGGAGCGGCGGAGGGGAGUUGAAUCUGCGCGCGACGAUGGGGGCGGCGGAGGAGGCGCAAGAUAUGGCGCGAUGGGUGGGCACGGACGAUACACUCGAUAUGGAGGAGGAGGAGGACGAUUACGACCGAUUCGCAGAGGCCGUGGGAUUGGGAGGAUUUGGAGGGGGCGGCGGGGGCAGCGGCGGAGAAGCUGACCUGGAGCGCGAGGUUUCUGACGAGGAAGCGGAUGAGGGUGACGUGGCGGCGGGCGGUGGCAGGGUUUUGGAAGGGGAUGGGAGGGUAGGCGCGGGAAAGGGAGGGGCGGGUACGGGAGGAGCGGGGGGUGCGGGGAUGGGGGGAGCGUCGGCGGGAGCGCUGGUGCCAGUGGGGAGGGGGAGGGGGAAAGGGAAGGGGCGGGGGAGGGGGGUGAGGGGGAAGGGGAGGGGGCGCGGGGGCGGGAGAGGGCUGGGCCGGGAGAGGGUGGAUUGGCGGAACGAGUUUCAGGAGCAUGUGGAUCGAGUGGGGCUGAUUUUCCAGCGGAUGGGAGCCGGGGAGGAUCUCAGAGCGGCAUCACAAGGCGCAGCGCUAGAGGCCGCUGCUGCUGACUCUGCUGCUGGCGCUGCUUCUGGUAUUGCUACUGCUGCUACUGCUGCUGCUGCUGCUGCUGCUGCUGCUGCUGCUCCUUCUGCUCCUGCUGCUACUGCUCCUGCUGCCACUACUGCGGCUGUGACUGCUGCUGUUGCUGCUGCUGCUGCUGCCACUGGUCCUGCUUCUGAGGGGGAAGGUGGCCUUGCUUCUGCGAUGGUGAUUGCUAGUGCUGAUAGUGCAAUCGCGGAUGGUGGUGGAAAGGAAGCAGGUGCUAUAGAGCCGGCAGGACGAACGGACGAGGGGGAAAAGGAGAGCAAGGGGAAGAGACCUGCAGGACAGCUGAUUACAGAAGGGGUUGUUGAGGUUGCAGUGACAGGCGAGGGAGAAGAGGGAGAAGGAGAAGGAGAAGGAGUUGUUCCAGGUAAACAAAGUGAAAGAGAAGGCAAAGUCGGUGACAAGGAAUGGGGUGAUGCGAGCUUGCAGGGGCAUGGCGUGGGGGUGGUUCCUGUGGAGAUGAUAGGGGCGGAUGGGGGUGAGUCAGAGGAGCGAGGGAUGGGAGUGGAGGCAGGAGAGGAAGGAGAGGGCGUGGUGGAAGUGGAAGGUAAGGAGGAGCACGAGGAAGGGGAGGAGAAGGGAGGCUACAUUGCAGCUGCUGAUGCUGGUGCUGCUGCUGGUGCUGCUGCUGGUGCUGCCACUGCUACUGUGGCUGCUGCUGCUGCUGCUGUUUCUCCUGCUGACAGUGCGUCUGAGUCCAAAGCCCUUGUCAGUAGCAGCAGCAGGGGCGCAGCAUUGAAGGGAAUACUGAAGCUGGGCAAGCGGCCGAGGGCAGACACAGAGAGAGGAGCAGGCAAUAACGAGGAGGAAGGCAGCCACAAUUUAAAGCAGGGACGGGACAUUGGAGCCACAGGAGCAGCAGUAGAAGGAGCAGGAGCAGGAGCAGGAGCAGCAGGAGGAGGAGGAGGAGCAGCAGCAGCAGCAGCAGGAGUAGGAGCAAAGGAGGGCGAUGGUAGCACGAGGGAGAGUGGCAUGGAUGGGGUGAGGGAGGGGCGGAGGCAGAGGCAGCGCAGGGUGAGGUUCGCCCAAGGAGUGGUUGGUGGGGAGGAAGAGGAAGGCGAGAGCCCCUUAGGGAGCUUAUUCCGCAUGGGGUGGCAGGGGCAGGGGCAGGGGCGGGGGGGAGGGAACGGUGGCAUGGGUUCGGGGUGUGGAGGGAAAGGAACGAAGGACGAUGGAGGUGCGUGGGGAAGGGGAGGUGGGUGGGGAGGUGGGGGAGCGUGGGCGGGGGGGAAGAGGCGGCAGAAGAUGGGCGUGGGGCAGAGGCUGCUGGGGUUGAUAUGUGGGCAGAUGAGCCGGGCUAAUGUUAGUGGGGCUGGGCCUGGGGGAGGAAUGGCCAAGGGGGGAGGGGGCGGUGUGCAAGGACAAGGGGUUGUUGCUGAUGCUGAUGUGGAUGGUGCAGCAGGGAGUGGACGAAUGGAUGCCACUGCUGCUACAGCUACAGAUGCUACAGCUGCUACAGAUGAUACAGAUGCUACAGAUGCUGCGGUUGCUUUAAAUGCUACAGAUGCGAUGGAAGGAGCUGAGGAAGGUUCCAAGGGCGCUCAGGGCAUGCAGGAAGACACAUCAGUGGAGGGAAACAGAGGGGCUGCAAGAGGGAAGCAGCAGGCGGAAGCAAACAAGGGGUUAGGUGGGAAUGGAGGUGGUGGUGGAGUGAGGGAGCCUGGUAGUGCAAUGGUGGUGGGUGGGACGCCCGGAAGGAGUGGUGGAGAGGGGUUGGAAUCGGUGAGUGUCGGCAUAUCUGGUCCAGGGAGCAGCGGCGCGGCUGGAGAGGCAGAGCAGGGGACGAGUGAUGGGGGCAGUGGUUGGGGCGGGAAGGGGAGUGGAGGAGGGGGGAGGGGACGAGGGGGACGCGGAGGAAAUGGGAGCGGAGGAAGGGGGAGUGUUAGCCGUGUGCCAGACCACGUGCGCAACCCACACAAGUACACGGCUUAUGAGGUGGACUGGUGGGCUGGGGGGUGGGGUGAAGGGGGCCCUGCAGGCGAGCAUGGGGAAGGGGCCAGUGCUGGGGGGAUGGGGGAGAUUAGGGGGAACGGGGGGAAUGAGGAGAUGGGGGAGAUAGGGGAGUAUAGAGCAGCUCUGCAGCAGACUAUGGCUGUGAGGCAAGGGGGAGCAGGCAGACUGGGGGACUCUGGUGGUGGAGGAGGUGGAGAUGUGCGGGGGGGGGGUGAGACAGGUGAGGGAACAGUGAGCGGCAAGGCAGGAGUAGCAGUAUCAGGGGCAGGGGGAGGAGCAGGAGUGGGAGCAGGGGCAGGAGUGGGACUGGGAGUAGGGGUUGAAGGUGGGUUGCCGAAGCGAGUUGUGUUUGUGAGGCGCACGGAGAGGCAGGCUGGUGCAGGCCGGAAGGACAGGCACGACAAGCACGACGACAUGCAAGUUGACGGAGCUGCUUCUGCCGCUGCUCCUGCUGCUGCCGCUGCUGCUGCUGGUAGUGGCGAUACUACUGGUGCAGGUGGGGAUGUGGGUGGGGGUGGGGGGACAGGUCCUCUUGGCAUAGCAGCAUCUGGUAUGCUGGAUGAUGCUGAUGCCACUUCCAUUCUUGAUGCGGACAUUGCUGCUGCUGCUGCUGCUGCUGCUGCUGCUGCUGCUGCUGGUGGUGCUGCUGCUGCUUCUGAAAACGAAUCAGUUGCUGUUUCUGCGACUGCUGGUAGAACGGGCACCAAUGGUGCUGUUGAUUCUUCCAAGGACGUGUCUGCUAGCCCUGCAGCCACAGGGGAUAAGGAGGGGCCUGGGACACGGCCAGCUAAGGGAGGGUUCAAGAUGGGCGGAGGAAAGAUGGGCAGGAAGAAUUUUCGCAGAGGAAGGGCAGUGGAGGAAGACGCAGAAGGUAUGCAGGAGGAGAGUUGA